CUGCACCCGUCCUUACUCUUCCACCGAGUAAAGCAUCCGGCGACAUGGAAGACGUCUUCUAUGGCAUACAGCAAGUAAGUCAAAGGUCCACUGCUGAUCACGUCUUGACGAGUCGUUGAUCCUCGUGGUUGGGAGGGUAUGGGAUAUAAUACCCCCGGACUAUCCUCCUAGCUUGUGGCUUUUUCCCAACCCAGCCUUCCCUAGUGACUGUUUGUUUGCAAAUCCAUCUCUGCCAGACUUUCUCAUUCAACAUGUCUGACCUCAAAGCAACCGUCGCCGAGACCAAAGCGGGAUUCCACGUCGAGGGUUAUGAGAAGAUCGAGUACGACUUCACCUUCAUUGACGAUGUCUUUGACACCAGCAAGAGCGACUUGGCCGACUGCUACAAGAAGUGGGGCCGUUGCCUGGCUGUCAUGGACUCCAACAUCUUCGACGUCUAUGGCGAGCAGACGGCAAAGUACUUCGAACACUACAACAUCGACCUCGACAUCCACAAGACAAUGAUUGGCGAAAAGGCCAAGUCAAUCGACACUUUCUUGAGCAUUGUCGACUCCAUGAACAAGUUCGGUAUCUACCGAAAGGAACCAGUUCUCGUCAUUGGCGGUGGACUGGUCACGGACGUUGCUGGUUUUGCGUGUGCGGCAUACCGAAGAAACACCAACUUCAUCCGUAUUCCGACCACAGUUAUCGGCCUCAUUGAUGCAUCCGUGUCUAUCAAGGUUGCUGUCAACUAUGGCAACUACAAAAACAGAUUGGGUGCUUACCAUGCCCCGAUGCAUACCUUCCUCGAUUUCGGGUUCCUCCGAACUCUACCGGAAGCACAAAUCCGCAACGGUUUUGCUGAGCUAAUCAAGAUCUCCACUUGUGCUCAUCUUCCCACCUUUGACCUGCUUGACAAAUACUGCGAGCAGUUGAUCAAGACUGGCUUUGGUCGAACACAGGGUGCGCCCAAGGAAGUCAAGGAGGCUGCGGAUACUAUCAACCGUGCUGGAAUUCACGAGAUGUUGAAGCUCGAAACCCCCAACUUGCACGAGAUUGGACUUGACCGAGUCAUCGCUUACGGCCACACUUGGUCACCGCUCCACGAGCUGGUGCCAGAAGUACCACUCCGCCACGGUCAUGCUAUUUCUAUUGACAUGGCAUACUCCGCCACCCUGGCGAACAUGCGCGGUAUCCUCAGUGAUGAGGAGCAUAAGCGGAUAUUGAACCUCUUUUCGCGAGCAGGAUUGUCCAUGGAUCACCACCAAUUCGACGAAGAGAUUCUCGAUAAGGCUACCAAGGCCAUCUUGAAGACCAGAGAUGGUCUGCUCCGCGCUGCUGUACCCAGCCCAAUUGGACAGUGUGUCUUCUUGAACGAUGUCUCGAUGGAUGAGAUGUACGCUGCAUUGAGGAAGCACAAGGAGCUGAUGAAGAACUAUCCUCGAAACGGAGAAGGUCUCGAGGCGUUCGUUGAUGCCAGCGACACCGGCUACACGGUGAACAACAAGCCUGUUGAGGAGACGAACGGCAGUAUUUCGAACGGCCUCAAGAAGCUUAAUGUUCUCAACGAUGAUACCCAGGCCAAUGGUGCUGCCACCAAUGGACAUUCCAAUGUGGAUGGCAAGAACACGAACGGUGUGGCGAAGGCUACUCAACUUCGUUCCGGCGAGGAGAAGCCUACUGAGCCUUCGAAUGGAUUGGCGAAGGGUUUGGCCAAUGGAGCCAAUGGUCAUACCAACGGAGUCAACGGCCACGUCAACGGAGUACAUUGA